GCGCUGGCACUCGUCGACAAUACUCAAGCAACCCGCCCUUGACCACGCCCGUCUUUUUCCUGGCCAAGCACAGCAAAAUGGCGGAUCCCAUUGAUAGCGCUCUCGACCUCCUCCGCCGGCUGGACCCCAAGGACGUCAAGCGCAAUGUCGACCACAUUAUCCAGCUCAAUCCCUCGCUCGAAGAGGACCUGCUCGAGUCGGUCGAUAUUCCCCUGACAGUCAAGAAAUGCUCAAAGACGAAGCGCGACUUUCUGUGCUGCGACUACAACCGCGACGGUGACAGCUGGCGCAGUCCGUGGAGCAACGAGUUCGAGCCGCCCAUUGACGAGGGUGUCACGCCUAGUGAUCGUGUCCGUAAGAUGGAGGUCAAGGCAAACGAGGCUUUUGACGUCUACAGAGAACUGUACUUUGAGGGCGGAAUAUCCAGUGUUUAUCUGUGGGAUAUGGACGAUGGCUUCGCUGGCUGUGUGCUGCUGAAGAAGUCCGUCAGCCCCACCCCGAAGAGCUCCGGCAGCUGGGACAGUAUCCACGUCUUCGAUGCCCAAGAUCGCGCCCGAACAUCGCACUACAAGCUCACAUCGACCGUUAUCCUCUCCCUCGGCACCGACAGUGAGGCACUCGGCGGCCUCGACCUCUCCGGCAAUAUGGUACGCCAGGUUGAAGCCGACAUGGCCGUCGAGGAUGACACCUCGCACGUCGCCAAUAUCGGCAAGAUGGUCGAAGACAUGGAGCUCAAGAUGCGCAAUCUGCUGCAAGAGGUCUACUUUGGCAAGGCCAAAGAUGUUGUUGGAGACCUACGGAGUCUCCAGUCGCUCAGCCAGGCCAACAAAGACCGCGCCACUCAGAGGGAGAUGAUUAACAGCAUGGGCCGAUAGGCAUAGGAGGGCACAUGGUGACGACAAGGUGGACAGGUGCUACAUGUCAUAGAUGGAAUUGAAUGAAUACCAGCUUGAGGGCAACAUGAGGGGUUGAGUCCCGUGACCCAGAUGAAAAGCCUCUCCAAACGUUGUUCUGAUUCUGUUUACUCCACUUGUGAGCAAGUGUUGACCGGUAUUUGCAUUGGACCGUGG